CAAAUUAUCGUAUCUACAUGAAUAUUUUAAGCGAUAAAUAUACCUUAAUCGCAUAUCUGAAGUGGAUAUAAAAGAAGCGGCAUCUCUGAAUAACACUACUUCUCAACACACACUGAUGCGUUCUUGAAAUCUUGAUCAAGAUGUUCAACUAUAAGUUACUGUUCUGGAUUUGUGUGCUGCUUUUUGUGGGAUUUGAAACUGUUUUCAAUGAGAAUACAUCGCAAGAAGGAAAAGCAGAUGCUUUUAUAAAAUUAGGAAAUUCUCUGAAUCCUCCGUCACUAUUUCCGCAUCCGUGUCCUAAGCCUCCCGAGAGACCAAUGGAUUGUGCUGAAGUUCUAUUGAAUGGACAUAAUACUAGUGGAGUGUAUACCCUUUGGCCUAAGAGUAGAAUUUUGAGUUGCGAAUCGGUGAAAGCGUACUGCGACAUGGACACUGAUGGGGGUGGCUGGACGGUAAUUCAAAGAAGAGGAAAUUUUUCGAGGCCUGUGGACUAUUUUUACAAGAACUGGAAUGAAUACAAAAGAGGAUUCGGAAAAUUGAAUGAAGAUUUUUGGUUUGGAAAUGAUAAUAUUUUUGCUUUUACUAAUCAAAAGCUGUACUCUGUUCGCUUUGAGCUCUUGUAUUACAAUGACACCCGAGCAUAUGCAGCAUAUGAUAAGUUCUGGAUUGACGACGAAGAUCAAGGUUAUCGCUUACAUAUCAACGGAUAUUAUGGAAAUGCUGGAGAUGAAAUGGCCGAUAACAAUAAUAACAAGUUUAGCACUAAAGACCGAAAUAAUGAUAACUCUACACUACUGUAUAUUUGCGCAGAAUACAUGAAAGGAGCUUGGUGGUACAAUGUAUGCGGAACUGUCAAUCUUAAUGGUCUUUACUUAGGAGAUUGCACAAAUCAUACUGGGAUUUUUUGGGAUUCGAGAACAGAGGGUUUAAAAUCAACCAAAAUCAUGAUAAGACCAUACGACUUUUUAACGACGUAAGCACAUUUUUAAACGUGAAAGUGUCGCAUAAUUUUAUGAAAAGCCCUACUGGACGUCAAGAAAUGUUUUAAUUAUUUUAAGUUACGAGAGACAGGAAUUUUACCUCAAAUAUCUAACUUGCAGAGCUGAUUAUCUUAACACAGAGCCUGAUAUAUAAUCAACUGACACAAAAUUCUCUUUAAUUAUUACUUAUUGUAGAUAUUUCGGAGCUACAGUUGGAUACAUGGAACUGCAGAUCUAUUAUUUACCUUAAGUAUAAUUACGAUUAGUUUGUCUGGCAGAAACUUGCCAUACAGUUUUGUAUUUUAGAAUUUAAGAGAAGAAAAAGUGGACUUUCAUAAAUUUCAUUGUUUUUUGUAUAAUUUUUAUCACCAUGAUUUACAUAUUUUCAUAAAAUUUGUUUUUUUCUCAGAAUUUAUGAAAUAUUUUUAUAUUUUUAUUUUUAAAAAUAUUGCAUAUUGAGUAAAACAUAAGCACCUAAUAAAAUGAAUAUUAAAUGAAAUGUAUUCUCUAUUUAUCUAUUACCACUUUGCUUGAAACCUUUGCAGAUGUCGAUGUCGAUUUUACACCUGUCACUACGUAUUUAAUUAUGUGUUGCAAAAGAUAUCCUAGAGCUGUUUAUGUUUUAAUUCGCCGAAGCUGUGGAACUAUAACUUCAGUUCAAAAGCUCGCAUCUUUCCUUUCUAACUCGUUUUGUCAUAUGUUUGGAAUAAAUUCUUUUGCUGAUAAAGCAACUUUUAGAACUUAA